AUGGGCCCCUGUACCGCCUCCUCAUGCUGCUGCCAGGCCCGUAAUCUGCCAUGGGCCCCCGUACCGACUCCUCCUCAUGCUGCUGCCAGGCCCGUAAUCUGUCAUGGGCCCCUGUACCGCCUCCUCAUGCUGCUGCCAGGUCCAGAGUGUGUCAUGGGUCCCUGUACGGCCUCCCAUUGCUGCUGUCUCCAUCGCCACACUCUGCCAUGUGCCACUUUCAGGUCUCCUCACACUGCUGGUGGGUUCCAUUUUGUCAUAGGGUGCUGUAUGGCCUCCCAUUGCUGCUGCCUCCACCGCCACACUGUGGCUCCCCACACUCUGGUUUUGGCCCCGUGACUGCCCAAAUGAGUGAAGUGUGCGGUGAUUCUAAGAUCGACGGCACUCAUCUGCAUGUCAUACUGACUGACAGUAUUAUUUCUCUUUCCCCAGCAGACUCCAAGGGCAUUUAAAUUAAAGGUACAGUGUUCUGCACUAAUAUAA